CUAUAUUUAUAUUGUUGUUAAUUAGUUCAGAAGUAUUUCUAUCAAGAUAUAUUGACUACUUUAAUGUAACUGAGGAUGAAGCUGUUAUAGCCAUUGAUGUGGCGACUGGUGUGCUAGUGGACUCGGUUACCACAAUGUCUCAGAGCAAUAUACCAGCGGAAUUAAUACAGUCAGCAGAUGAUACAAAUGAAGAAGAUCCAACAAAGCUGACCCUGGCUUACGAGAGACUGUAUGAGCUGCCCAGAACUAUAGUGGAGAGGUUUGCAGACCACAUCAGAUAUCUGGAUAUUAGUCACAAUAAAAUAACAAAUCUGGACGCAUUAGUGCACUUCAAGCACCUAACCUCGCUUAUAGCCGAUGAUAACCCCAUCACGGAGAACUGUUUCCUGCCACCAAUGCCAAAGCUGCAAUUGUUAUGGCUUAACCGCUGUAAAAUAUCAUCUCUGUACCCCUGGGUGGGCAAGCUGAAGGAGUCCUGCCCCGCCCUGUGCCUUCUGUCUCUGAUGGGGAACCCGGCCGCUCCCAGCUACUUCAACGGAGGCACCUUCUACGAUUAUUUACAAUACAGGCUGUUCGUCAUCUCGCAGUUCCCGUCGCUGCGGCACCUGGACGACCGCGCGGUGGCGGGCGACCAGCGCGCCGAGGCGCGGCGCCUGUACCGCCGCCCGCUGCUGGAGCGCCUGGCGCCCGCGCUGGCCGCGCCCGGCGCGUGGGGCUCCGCGCCGGCCCGGCUGGCCGCGCUGUGGCGCAAGGCCAGGCCGCCGGGGCGGAACCUGCUCAUCUGAGACUUCUGAGCUGCGAGUGUGCACAGCGCCCCCGUGCCCUUCUGGACUUUGGAAAUACAAUUUCUGACUCAACGAGCUUAGUUACCAUUACUGAUACUAUAUAUGUGAAAUGUCUUUACGAUUGUGAGUGUAAUCCAUUUUUCAAACAUUCGUUGGCAUUGGUGAGGGUAAAUUUGGAAUAAGUAAACCUGUGCAAGUUUGGUACUAUAUGAUACCCAAUACAAUGAAAUGGUACCCUGGAGAUCUCGGUAGAUGUUCCGCGUGAGAUUACGGUGGUUAGUGAUCAGCGUUUGAUAACGAUGUCAGGGUAAAAGCUUCUUUAGGGAUAAUAUUUUCAAACUCUUUGGUGCGAAUCAGUCGAGCGACCACAACCUAUAUAGAGAUCAUUAUUUUAACAAAUUGAAAUUUGGAAUAGUUAUAAAUAAUCCUUAAAUAACUAAAUUGCAAUUUUAAAAAACACAAACGCUCCGUCAACUGUUUAUUAUUAUUAUUCUGAUUGUUUUAUGAUCAACUGACAGACGUCAGGAAGAAUUCUUUAAGUGGCCUGAUUAAUAGUCUCAUAGUGUUUACAUCGGAAUAAAGUAUUUGCGGUUGUGCCUUUUGCCUAAAAUUUCGUGCUUUACGUGCUAUUUACGUUAUUACUUAUAAUGUUAAUAUAUUCCUACGCUGGAGAUAGAUUUUAAUGGUUGAAAGUGUCCACGAAAUGAUUUCUUACGUGUUCAUUCAUUUAUUGAUAUGAAGUCCUUCUGUUAGCUCACACGCAUGCAAGUCUCACUUGAAACUAUAGAUUCCAGAGAGAUAAAAUUUUGAAAUGGGUAAAUUAAUUAAGAUCGGUCAAUAUAAACUCAAAUUACAUAUCAAGAAAUAUAUUUAAACGAACAAGGACAACGAAACCUAGCGGUGAUAUCUAAGGUUUCGGUCUCCCUCUCGGAAGACUAAGUCCCCCCGGCAUGCACCAUUUCGUAGUGCUCUUUUUUAUAAUUUAAGCACUCAAAAUUGAACUUGCUUUAACGGUGAAGGAAAACAUCGUGAGGAAACCUGCAUGCCUGAGAGUUCUCGAGGCGUGUGUGUCUACCAACCCACACUUGGCCAGCGUGGUGGACUCCUAAACCCUUAUUCUGAGAGGAGGCCCGUGCCAUGCAGUGAGCCACCGUCGAUUGAUUUUAAUUUUUCGUCACUUUUUAUUACUCAGUAUCUAUUUUCGAUGAAUGUACAUAAAUACUCAAAAUUUUCAGCCCAAUUGGAGUAUAUCUGCGACAAAAACUCAGUGUGGUAUAGUCGGGUGGUUUUUGAUGAGACGAAAACCAUUCUGUCAUUUUCUUUCUUAUGGUGCUUUUGUGUAGGCACAAUAUUUUAUAAUGUUUACAUAGAGUGCCGCAGACUCGAUGCCUUGAGUCUUCGCAAGAUAGAAACACUGUUUGGGAAAUGUUUUCAAUGUUAUCAAAAUAAAUGAUAAUUACUUAACUAUACUUAAGUAUAUUAGAUUAUGGAAUAUUAUGUAAAUAGAAGUUUGAUGUUUUAAAUGUCCAUUUGAAUAGUUGUAAAUUGUAGAUAAAUAAUUAUUAUGUAAAAA